AUGGAUAUACACUCGAGAUAUAAAACUGAGGCUUUCUCGUCUAUUGACCCUCGCUUUAAUAUGCGCAUGCUGCUGUCCCUUGUCUCUUGUCGCCGCUGUCUUGUUCUUGAUGAUGAGUUAAAUAUUCUUCCUAUUAAUGGGGGGGAGGCGUUGGAGACAGCAUCCCCAGCGCUGCAGCAGCAGCAACAGCAGCGGCUGCAGCAGCAGCAGCAGCAGCAGGAACUGCUGCAGCAAAUCAUUAGUAAAGUUCAGCAUGCACCCCCUCUUGAUGCCUUAGUUCGUCUCUGUGUCUCCCCUGAUCAAGCAACUGCUGUUAUUGCUUUUCUAGAUUGUCUCUGCAGCUGCAGCAGCUUCCGCAGCAAGCUGCAGGAAGAGGCCUCGCAGCAGCAACCACCUGCAGCAGCAGCACCAGCAGCAGGUGUGGGGACUGCAGCAGCAACGGGAGCCUUUCAAACCGUCGCCCUAACAGCAGCAAGAGGAAGAGGCAAAUCUGCUGCACUUGGGCUUGCUGUUGCUGCUGCUGUUGCUUUGGGUGUCUCCUCAACUUUUGUCUGCGCCCCAUCUGCGGAGAAUGUACAAACCCUCUUCGAGUUUGUUCAAAAGGGUUUAGUUGCGAUGGGUUUACGAGAGCAAGCAGACUUUCAGGUGUCUGUGGAGACAGUGGAGACAGGGCGAAGAGGUGUGCGGGGUGCAGAUAUCUCUGGGGCUUCUUCUACGGGUUUAUAUGAGCAGCAAGAAGUUAAGGUUGUCUCUCAAAUUGAGGGAAUAGGGCCUUAUACGGUGUUGCUUUCAUCGACUUGCAACGGAUAUGAAGGGACAGGGCGCUCUUUGUCUUUAAAAUUGUUAGGGGAGUUAAGAAGAGGGUUUAAGGGUCCUGUGAAUGGCGUUGGAGGGGAGAAGGGGCUGAGGAGACAGUUAAAAGAAUUGUCUCUAGAGACACCCAUUCGUUAUGCUGCAGGAGAUGCUGUAGAGGCGUGGCUGAACCAACUCCUCUGUCUCGAUUGCACAGAAGCUCCUGCUUUAAACCCUCAG